UGCAGAGCUACGUGGUGAAGAGAGGUGCUCCUAGAGUGUCAGCAGUGAAGGGAGUGGGGAGGGCUGAGGCAAAGCGAUCAGUCACUACAGUCCUGUUGUGCACACAGCGUUUCUCCUCAGGAUACUUAACUGUUUGUGUGUUUUUUUAAAAAAGGAUAUCCCCAACUUUACAAAUCCCACAAAAAGGAACAGACACAAGCAAAAAAUGGACGAUUUCUAUUAUCACGACGAGGAGGACUCCAGCUUAAAUGACAGUUAUGAUUACAAUUACGAACACAGUGUUUGUGACAAGGAGGCAGUGCGCUCUUUUGCCAGUGUCUUCCUCCCGGUCAUCUAUGCCCUGGCUCUGGUGGUGGGCCUGGCUGGGAACGCCCUGGUAGUGGUAGUGUACGCAUCAAAGCUCCGACUACGAACCCUGACAGAUGUGUGCAUCCUGAACCUCGCCAUUUCGGACCUGCUGCUUCUCUUCACCCUGCCUUUCUGGGCGGCUGAUGCCGUCCAUGGCUGGAAGCUGGGUUCGGCAGCCUGCAAGCUCACCUCCUUCCUCUACAGUACUAACUUCAGCUGUGGAAUGCUGCUGCUGGCGUGUAUCAGUGUGGAUCGCUACCGCGCUGUAGCCCACAAUCCAUCAGGCAGGACUGGGACAGGUCCCCGGGUAAGGAAACAGUGGCUUCUGGUGUGUGUGGUGUUGUGGGCUGUAGCCAGCUUUCUUGGCCUUCCUGAACUUAUCUUCUCCACAGUGAAGCACUCCCAUCACAGGAUGACCUGUACAGCCAUCUACCCGCACAGCAUGGCUCGACCUGCCAAGGCUGCCCUGGAGCUGCUGGAGGUGACCCUUAGAUUCUUGCUACCUUUCUUGGUCAUGGUGAUGUGCUACUGCUGGGUAGGACGGGCACUGAGCCGUGCAGCUGGGGUGCAGAGAGACCGGAAGUGGCGUGCCCUGCGUGUCCUGCUGGCUGUUGUGGCUGUAUUCCUGCUCACCCAGCUGCCCUACAACGUGGUCAAGCUGAUUCGAGCGAUGGACAUCAUCUACAACCUCGUGACUGACUGUGAAGUCAGCAAGGGCCUGGAUAAGGCUGUCCAAGUGACAGAGGGCCUGGCCCUGACCCACGCCUGCAUUAACCCUGUCCUCUAUGCCUUCAUUGGAUCGUCCUUCAGGGGACAUGUCCUCAAGGCUGCCAAGCACCUUGGACAGCGACUCGGGAGACACCCGAGACACGUAAACACGGAGCCUGCAGUGGAGAUUGCACUCAACACGUGCACUCAAACGCAAUCCCAGUCUGGUUCAGAAGACCAAGAAACCACCACCUUUACUAUUUAAGACUCAAAACAUGUAUGCAUUUACCUGUAAGCACCUAUACAAAAUGUCUAUGAAUAUAUUUAAACAUCAUUACUAUCAUUAAAGAUAGACAUCAAUAAGCAUAUAUAUUAAUUCUUACAAGAUAUAUGUACAGUGAGUUUAUAUGCACUAAUGUAGCAAAUAGUUUUAUAUACAUGAUGUAUUUUGUUAAAUAGAAGAGAUUUUCAGUGACAUGCAUCUACUAACAUAUGUGGCAAUUAAAUGCAGCUGAAACUCAAGAUGCUCCGAGUACUUCGCUGGUUCCUCACGACAAAUCCAAUUCAACUUUACAGUCUGUGCUGUCUUCCAUGAGAUCCUCUGCAUCUCAUUUUAUUGCAUCCCGUGGUUUGGGUUGGGAUGACUUGCACAGUGGGUGACCCAUUAACUUGAAAAAAAUUUGGCAAACAAAGAACAGGAAACGCAGGAAGGACCCCUCCAUGUGGUCAAACUGGAAACAAAGCAGCAUGUUCCUUGGAGAAUCUUUGAUUAAGACAUUUUCAUCCACUCAUCUUUAUUGUAUUUAAAUAAUAUAUGCUUGAGAGUGCAAAUGGUUUGCAGUGGAGUGCAAUUAAUUUGCUCUAUGUAAUGACUUAACAGUUUAGUGGUAUAUAAAUGUUCUCCCCAGACUGCUAAAAA